UGUACAAGAGGGAGGUGGGGGAAGCUCAGAGUGGGUGGAAGCUGGGAGGCUGGUGUGCGUGUGUGCGUGUGUGUGGCCGCCGGGCGGGUGUGUGUGCGCGUGGGAGGGUGCGCUGGGGGUGCAGGAGGGGUCGCUCAGCCCUGCCAUGCCUGCCGGCCCUGGGGGAGGACUGGGGGGAGGAGGGGAGCUGACGGCUGGGGCUGCUUGGUGACCGUGACGAGGCUGGCUAGCCAAACGGAGGUGGCCGCACUGCCUGCUGCCCGCGAUGGGGGGACAGAUCACCCGGAGCACCCUCCCCGACUCCAUCGGGGGCUCCUUCCCCGUCACUUCUCACCGAUGCCACCACAAGCAGAAGCACUGCCCCCCGGUGCUGCCUGGUGGGGGGCUCCCGGCCACGCCGCUGCUCUUCCACCCACACACCAAGGGCUCCCAGAUCCUCAUGGACCUCAGCCACAAGGCCGUCAAGAGGCAGGCCAGCUUCUGCAACGCCAUCACCUUCAGUAACCGUCCGGUGCUCAUCUACGAGCAAGUCAGGCUCAAGAUCACCAAGAAGCAGUGCUGCUGGAGUGGGGCCCUGCGGCUGGGCUUCACGAGCAAGGACCCAUCACGCAUCCACCCGGACUCACUGCCCAAGUACGCCUGCCCUGACCUGGUGUCCCAGAGCGGCUUCUGGGCCAAGGCGCUGCCCGAGGAGUUUGCCAACGAGGGCAACAUCAUCGCCUUCUGGGUGGACAAGAAGGGCCGCGUGUUCUACUGCAUCAACGAGUCGGCCGCCAUGCCCUUCUUCAGCGGGGUGCGCACGGCCGACCCGCUCUGGGCCCUGGUGGACGUCUACGGCCUCACACGGGGCGUCCAGCUGCUAGACAGCGAGCUGGUGCUGCCCGACUGCCUGCGGCCGCGCUCCUUCACCGCCCUGCCCGAGGCGCUGGCCGACCGCGAGGAGUUCUGGGCCGUGUGCCGCGUGCCCGGGCCCCUGCACAGCGGCGACAUCCUGGGCCUGGUGGUCACCGCCGACGGCGAGCUGCACCUGAGCCACAACGGCGUGCCCACGGGCAUGCAGCUGUGCGUGGACGCCUCGCAGCCGCUGUGGAUGCUCUUCGGCCUGCACGGCGCCAUCUCGCAGGUCCGCAUCCUGGGCUCCACCAUCCUGGCUGAGCGAGGCACCCCGUCGCUGCCCUGCUCCCCUGCAUCCACGCCGACCUCGCCCAGUGCCCUGGGCGGCCGCCUGUCGGACCUGCUGCUCAGCCCAUGCCGCUCUGGGCCUCUGGGCGGCUCUGCCGGCGGGACAGCCCCCAACUCGCCGGUGAGCCUGCCGGAGUCUCCAGUGACCCCAAGUGUGGGCCAGUGGAGUGAUGAGUGCACCAUCUGCUACGAACACGCGGUGGACACGGUCAUCUACACGUGCGGUCACAUGUGCCUCUGCUAUUCCUGCGGCCUGCGCCUCAAGAAGGCCCUACAUGCCUGCUGCCCCAUCUGCCGCCGCCCCAUCAAGGACAUCAUCAAGACCUACCGCAGCUCCUAGCCUGCUGUGGCACCCCACUCCACAUGCCCACCUGUGCAGUCUUCAGCCCAGUUCCGCUGAGCGGCCAGCCAGCAGAGCCUCUCCUCACCUUGGAAACUCCGUCCCUUUCCACUAAACGUGAGAAACUGAGGCCCCUGAAGGUCUGAGCAGAGCAGGGGUCAGGGACAGGAGUGCUUCGCUCCUGAGGGGAGAGAGGAAGUGGCAUUCUCCCCAGAUUCCCCUUGUGUGCCAGUUUUGGCUUAAAUUGGGGGCCUCAGCCUGUCCUGCUCCUUCCCCAUCAGGGCAAAUUCCUAGGAGUUUCCUGUAGUCUGUAUGGCACCUUGGCGUACCUACGAGAAUGGUACCUUGCUAUGGGCAGACGAGGCCCAGAGCCAGGGCCUGCGGCUAGGUCCGUGGGGGAGGGACCGGGUUUUAGCCUCCAUCGGCCCCCUCAGCCAGCUGUCCUUGCACAGUACACAGUGUGCUCAAGAGCAGCCCUGGUGGGCAGCUCCCGAGUUGCUGUCUCACCCUCUGACCUUUGCCUGCCCUGCCUCUGACCUCCUGUCUUCCCCACCCAUUGGGCCUGGCCACUGCGGGUAAGAUGGCAGCAGACUUCUCUCACCCUGGGCAGCCGAGCCUCCUGCGAUGGGUGGUGGGCAGUCUGCUGAGGCCCUGGGUCUGGGGGAGACCCCUCCUGGCCUCCAGCUUCUGCCCUGAUCAUCUUGCUGGGUGCUGUUGCCCAGGCUGCCCUUCGAUGGAGCUGGGGCCACUGUGGGCGGCCAGGGCCUCUGAGAGCGGGUCAGUGGCUGCCCCUCAGGCCUCUGUCCCUUUGCAGAGGCAGACGAGCGGCCGAGAGGGGCCAGGGUGGGGCAGGGCUUCUCUGGGCUACAACCAGCCCUUCUCCAUAUUUUAAUUUAUUUAUUUAUUUGGCUUGUGGGCUUUGUUGUUUGAGGGUGAGUUCCCACCCGCCGGGCCCCAGAAAUGCUGGUGAAGGUGGCAGCAGAGGUGGCUAUCACCCACAGUCUCCCCACCCUGGCCGUGGAGCUGAGGCCAGACCUGCUACCUAUGGGCUGGUGCUCUAGCCUAAGGGAGCCGGGAGGGAGGCCUCCCAGCAAAUCGUGUCCAUUUCUCAGAGAAGCAGGCCGAGUCUCCUGGGAACUGGGGCUGGUGGGUCACCCAGAGCCAUGAAGCACACCCUGGGGACUCCUGUCACGCAAGGGCAGGGAGGACUCUGGAGUAGGGCUCUGUGUCCUGGGAGGAGGUGUGGGCUGUGCCUGGCUCCCAGCAUGCUCUUCUGUUACCACCUCAGCCCUGCCGGCCCUGCCUUCCCAGCCCCUCCCGGGGCAGGCAGGGUGUGGGCUUCUAGUCCAGCUGCUCACCUGGACGGGGGCACCUUCAGCCUCAGCCCCCGUGCAACAUGGCUGUCUGGGGGCGGGACAGACUGUGGGGUGGCUCUGGGAGCACUUGGGCAGGGACUGCCAAGGGGUGUGGUGCGCUGUGAUGGGGCUCUGGGCCGGGCCUCUGCAUGUGCCAGCCUCACGGGAGGCUGGGAAGACGCCGUGCCACUCCUGAGCGUGGCCCCAGUCAGCGUGUCCGCGAGGGAAGGAAGGUUGGCAGCGCAGGGGCUGUGUGGCCCGAGGCCGAGAGAAGCAGCCGCCACCCGUGCUAUCAGUGCUGGGGUUGUUGAUUGUGAACUGGGGUCGCUGUGACGUGAAUAAAGGUGAUUUCGUACCAGCCCAAAA